AUGCGCAUUGAAAAAUGCUACUUUUGCUCCUCUCCCAUCUACCCGGGACACGGAAUUCAGUUCGUCAGAAAUGACAGCACAGUAAGUGAUUUUCUCAAAUAAUUUUAAUUAAACUGAUAAGAAAUCUUUCAGCACAAACUGAUAACCUGUUUCUUUACUAUUUUCGACAGUGAACAUUUUACAGGUGUUCAAAUUCUGCCGAUCCAGAUGCAACAAAUUAUUCAAGAAGAAGAAGAACCCGAGAAAGCUCAGAUUCACGAAGGCGUCUCGUCGUGCUCGCGGAAAGGAGCUCAUCAACGACGCAACCCAACUGCUCGAGCAGCGAAGAGAUGAGCCAGUCAAGUACGAGAGAGCCCUAUUCCAGAAGACGGUCGAGGCUGCCAAGACAAUUUCCGCACUGAAACAGAAGAGGUGAGUCAGAAUAUUAUUCAAAAUUCUCAAAUUAUAUUGUCUUUUUCAGAUACGGAAAUUUGAUCCGGAAACGUCUGCAGCCAGGAAAAAUCGUUCAAAAGAAGGGACUUUUGGCGAAGGUCGACAAGAAGAUGCAUCUCAUUCGUGCUCCAGUGGCCAACAAAGAGGGAGUCAAGACGAGAUCGGCGAUCAAGGAAAAGAAGAAGACUACGGAGGCUAUGGAGACCAACUGA